GAGCUUUGCGCGCGAAUGCACGCGGAGUUUCUAAGUGAAUUUGGUGAAAUGACAGUUGGUUACUUUUUUGUUCGCGGACCAUCUUAUUGUGCAAUAGGGAUUACUUUUUUGUACCGGAGCUGAGGAUACGAUUCAAAAUGCUGAAGUGGGCGGUUUACGGUAAAAAGAACCAAGAAAUCCGGAUCGCUAACGACCUUGAGAGUGAGGACUGCGAUCAUUAUACCGAUGAACCUUACAAUAACAAUAAAAUCAGAAGAUCUCUCGAUGGACAAACUGUCAAAAGAAGCAAGAAGCCAAGUAGAUACCAGCGGAGAUCCUUAGGCUCAGCUGCAGUAAGAAAAAACAUAAGAACUGUAGACAAAGAAAAUGUUAACUAUAUUGGGAAUACGCCUAAUUAUUUUAGAGAAGGUUUCAUUAAAAAGCCAGAAGGUUUAGUCCUCAAAGAUGUCAGCAACAUCACACCAACAGGUACUCCAGUCAAAAGUUAUGAAAGAAGAAAAUAUUAUCUAAAUAACUCAAAAGAUGAUAUACCACCAGAUUUACCCCCCACUCCACCAACUUACAGCAGGAGGGUAAGAGAAGCAAAGAAAAGAAAACUAGAAAUGGCUAGUGCAAAUGAUAUAUUUAGAAGAGAUAGCUGUGUAUAUAAAUCUGAGAGACGAAUCAAGCCUAUAGAUAGAAAUUCUUUUAGUCCUAAACUAAGUCAUAGUACGUCUGAGCCUUCCUUAACCGAUCUAUCUGAUAGACUCAGUGCUACAACUACGAGUAGUAGGAACUCAUUUGCAUUAGGAAAACCAACAAAACUACCAGUAUGUACCACCAAAACAGGUAAUGAAGGCUUAGUUGAAAUAGAAUACGAUCAAGAUCUAGUAAUUAACUGUAUAGAAAAACCUAUUACAAUUAACAAAUGUACUAUAGAGAAAACCACUUUACCUAUAUUUGGACAUCAUAUUUUUACAGACAAUCCCUUAUAUUUCAACAAUAAUGAUAUCGGUUUAACAAAUAUUAGACCUUUGAAAAGAACGAGAAAGAAAUCUAAUGAAUUUGAAAGCUCCUUCAAAUCUCCCUCCGUUGACAAAAAGGAUACACAUACGCUAGUAAGAGACGGGUGCUCACCUGUCUCUAUCACUCCUCUAUCCACAAAACUGGCUGCAUUAAGGUUUAGUACCAUGAGUGUACAUAGCAAGUCUCAAAGGGUUGUUUUUACAAAUGAUGUCACGGAAUACUUUCCUAAGGUGGAGAAUCCUUUUACUAUUCCUCUAAGAGAUGAAGAAAGUUCAACAGAAAUGGAGAAUAAAUUCAUUCUUGGCAAAGAUUCCACAACAAAUAAUACAGACUCAACAGUAUCUACAACACAAAUGGGAGAUGUUACACUAGAGAAAAUGAUUGAAGACAUCAUAAAAAGUACCAAAAUAGUCAAAUCUAAAAGAAGAAUUUUGGCAAAAGCACCAGAAGUCGAUAUUCAAGAAGAAAUCCCUCCACUUGAUACAGUCAAAGACCUGUUUGUAAAUCCUCAAGCUGAGAACAAAGCUAAUUUAAUUAAAGAAGCUAAAUAUGUGAAUUUAUCUAGAGAAAACUCUGUAUCACCUAAAACUACGCCCAUCAAGAAAAUGCCAGUACAUAGGGUAAAUGAUAAAUUAUUGAAAAAUCUUCCGAUAGGCUGCUUCAUAUUAGAUGAUGGAGAUGGUUACAAUGAAAGGGAGGUUCGGACACCAGACAAUGCUAUUGACGUCAAACGUAAAGCCAGUCCAAGAAAACGUGCAACAAAUCUGAACCGAUCACAGUCCAUGAAUCUUUGUUAUGAACGAGGAAAUCUCGGAUACAUUUCGUCAGAAUCUACACCUGACCUAUACUCAGCUGCGGAAGAGAGAGCGAGUCUUAGGCUCAAACGUCAAAAAUGUAUUCGUAGGAAAAAGUCGACAGCAAGCAAUGAAAGUCAAUGGAAAAAUAAGGAUCUGAAAUCUUCUAUUCUUACACUUGAAAUUGGCAUACCAAGUCUUGCUACUGAACUUCCCGACACGUCAUUAUGUGAGCCAUUAAGUCCUCCACUAUCUAAUCCGCUCGACACUGACGAUUAUCAGAACCUCUCAAUAAAAUCUAACGUAUCACAUAGUAGUUUGAUGCCUUACGAUAAUUCUCACAAUAAAAAAUCAAGAGAACUAUUCGGUUUAACUUUGGAACAUGGUAUCCCAAGUCCAAUCACUCCCGUCCCUAACCUAAAAAGGCCGGGUAAAGUACUAAGCGAAGAAAGAGCGCAUAAAACGAGUAAAUUGGAUGAAGAUUUACUUCCAACGGAUGCUUACACUCCAGUCAUUGAACACAAAUCUAUUCGGAGAUGUUUGACAUAUUCCCCAGAAGAGAAUAGCAUAAGUAGUAGUGAAGAGAAAAGGAGAAGCGUCGCAAGUAAUCGCUUGGAGCGUUCAAGCGAACGGUUUCAAGCAUUAAAAGGCACAAUAGACCUGGAAAUUAGAACAAGAAAUGAUGUAAUAGACGUGCACGUUAUAAGAUGCCGGGACCUACAAAGGACUACAGGGAAAACGGAUGACAUCAAUGCUUAUGCGAAGGUCGUUAUCAGCGGCGUAACAGAGAGUCAGUCCCUCCCAUCACAGAGGUCAAUCUUCCAGAGGACCUCAGUGCUGUAUGGCAAGCGGGAGCCAGAGUUUCAAAGACACCUGAAGCUGCCUCUACCAACAGCAAUCUACGACCAUCAGAUGUUACACAUUUCUGUAUGGCACAGAGACAAGAAAUACCGGCGGAGCGAGUUUUUAGGAUGUGUCUCGUUCCCAAUAAAAGAUGCAAUUAACUGCGACAUAUCCGGCACAUAUUUCCUGCAACACAGCUCUGGGCGCGGCCAGAACGCGGCACCGGCACACGCCAAUGACAGAUUCGUUAGAGAGGACCGCGUGACUGAAGGAGAUUCACACAAGAUGGCUACCGACAACAUUGAAACAAGCACUAAUGAUGGCACUAAAGAAAACCAUAAUGAUAAAGGUGUAUCAACAAACGGUCCAGCGUCAACAACAGCAAGUCAAGCGCAGGCAGUGGCUGCUGCCCUGCAGAGAGAGGCUGACGAGCACCUGUUCCUCCGAUACUUGGAGCUGGAUCCUCCUGAAGACCCUAACGCACCCAGACGAGCACCACGAAACGGGAGGACUCCGUUUACUACCACAAGGAAACUCAUCCGCGGUACUGCUGGAGGAUUCGGCUUCACAGUUGUAUGGACCAGACCACCGAGGGUCGAAAGGGUGGCAGCAGGAGGCUCCGCUGAACGCGCUGGCCUGAGGGCUGGAGACUACCUCGUGUUUGUGGGCAACAAGAACGUAGUGACAUCCAAUGAAGAGGAGGUCCGGAACCUUGUCAAAUCAGCAGGUCAAAUGCUAAACAUAGAAACGUUCAGACGGGUGCCUCCAAAUGGAGUGGGAGUUCGACCAAGGUUGACUCAGGUGACCAUUCCCACUGCGGAGUCUACGCCCCCUCCACCCCCAAGGUCACCUCGAGCUACUGCCCUAGCCUCACCAGCCACAGCAGCUCGGCCCCCUACUGCCUGCUCUUCAACCAGCCAGUCCCUGGACCGACGCAAGCUCCAUUUGCCCCAAGUCACAUUCUCCAAAGAGACCCCAGGGUUAUCAACGGACGGCAGAAAGCGCGCACUCCUAGCAGUGGUAGCCAGAGAACAGCAUUACGGAACCUGCCUACAAUUCGGUCUAGUCAGAUUUGUAUCACCACUGGCUGAAAGAGCAGACCUUAUAGCUCCUAAUGACCAUCAGCUGCUGUUCCAAAAUAUUGAAGAGAUCUUCAGACUUUCGGAAGACAUUCUGGAUCAAGUGGUACAGGAUGAUGGAGAGAUCCAAACCUCGACUGUAGUCGCCGUCUACCUUCAAAAGACCCCUGUGUUCCUUAGUCUUUAUAAGAAGUACUGCCUUGGCCUCAAACGAGCUGAUUGUGUUCUGGUAAAAAAAUCUAAAGACCCAAGCGGGGCUUUCUCCCGAUUCUGUACAAGCCCACCGAUACCACGAAGAAGACCUGACAUCACGUCACUAGUUCACAAACCGUUGGAGCAGUUCCGAGAGCUGCUGCGACUGAUGAGGGCAGCGGCUGCUGCUAAUGGAGCAGGACCUUAUGACCAGCUCGAGAAAAAGCAGCUGCAAGUUAUUGUGGAACAGCUACAGUGUGGUUACCAAGAUGUGACAGCUGGCUCUGGUUUGAUGGGUCUUGCUGGAGAUGGCAAGCCACUGUUAUCUGUUGCCGACCUGGAGAGUCGUCUCGUGUUCACUAGGUGUAAGCCAUUCGUGCUAAGCACGGCAGGUCGUCAAUGGAUCUUCGGCGGUGAGCUAUCAAGGGUAGAAGGUCGCGCCAUUCGACCCUACUGGGCGUUGCUAUUCAGUGAUCUGCUUCUCUUCGCUACUGUGUCAAGGGACCGAGUACUGUUCGUCACGGAAGAACCAGUAGCGCUGGGGACCGUCUCUGAAGCGCAGUUCAAUGUUAGGAAGAAAGCGACAGAAUUCCGUCUGAUCUUGGGUCGUGCGGGCGGCGAGUCUCCUUUAGUUUCAUGUUCUCCACGCACACCAGCUAGAACAAGAACCGUCGUGCUACGAGCUCCUUCCAUAGAUCUCAAGGCUGUAUGGCAAAGCUUACUGCAGAGGCAAAUCUACCGCGCUCACACGAUGUCAGGCACUCCACUCGGCUCCCCACUUGAUUCUCCCGACCCUCAGCUGACGUUCUCGCUCGCCACGCUGGACUCGCAACAACGCCAGGUAUCCGCGUCCAGCAUCCAACGUCACUCCAGCCUGGCCCUACUACCAGCCAGCUCCUACCGAUCGCACCUCAACAUGCUCGUGGAAGAACGUCCAGAGAAGGAAGUUAGAGUCAGUUUCGACGUCAGAACGAGUUCAGAGUCCCCCACUCCACAACCUGUCCGAGGUCCCCUUAGCACAGUUUGGAGAACUGCUCCCACCCCUGAAACGCCUUCUGCUAACCUCUCUCCAGCAGAAUCACAAACGUUCUCUUCCCAUUUCGUCUCAUCGUCAAGCAUUGAAAAGAACGAUGAGCCUCAUACUUCUCCCAGUGCCCAAUUAACGCCAGAUGGUGGCGAAGAUUAUUCUGAAGCUUCACCCUGCAGAUGGGAAUCCUUCGAAGCUGAUUUAGCUCUAGCAGAUUUGGAUGUCGACCCCUCAUAUAAACACGCUGUCGAGGAGCGUAUCUUUCUGCCUGACGAUCCCCUCCUGCAGCGGGUGGCGCUCCCAGAGCGGCCAACCCCGCCAGCUUAUCUGGAACUUUGA